UACGUGGAGGCUUUAUUUGAGUUACGCGGCGUCGUGUGGGUUGGGGAAUGCAGGAGGUGGAACCCCAGGCACCCCCUUGUACAGUAACAGCGACUGGCGCAAAGGCGAAUAGCAAGAGGUUGGCGGUUAGUAUUGAAAACCCAAGGAUAGUGUCGGACAUCAGAAUAAGUGACAACGUCACCAUAUCGGUUGCACCGAAGACUAGGGGAGACGAGGAAGGUGAUCCCUUUAAGCCUAGUAGGAAAAUUCAGAGGAGUCCCACGAUUGGUGGUAGGCCCGAUAUUGAAGUAGCAGAAGAAUCGGUGGUGUACCGAAACUGGAUUGAAAUUAGCUCAAGACAAGACGGAGGUGAUUCUACUUACCGGAAAUCGUAUCACAAGGUCAAGGACGUCAAUAUGGGCAAGUACCUGUUGAUGACUAAAUAGAAGGUUAGGUAUCUUGGGGUGCAAUAGGACAAUAAUAGAAAAUUCUCAUUACAUCUAGGAAAGGUGUGUGUCAUGGUUGAUACCCUAAUAGGAGCGAUUAGGA